AUGUAUUAAAGUGGGUAUUAAAGUGCAAAAGUUCACACUUAAUAAAAAAUAUUUAUUAUUUUUAUUGGAGCAACAGGUCCGUGGGCCACGUCCAACAUGCUAUAGCGUACAACGAACGGAAUGGUCGACUUGCACCGGCACAGUAUUGCCCAAUUGGAGCAGCCAAGAUCCAGGUCGAGAUGGGGUAGCUUGGCAGGAGAACAGUCCUUCAUGGAUUUGCUGGACAACGACGGGGCGGCCCUUCAGCCAACAGCGCUUACGCUGGCACCUGUCAAUACCAAUAUCUACGCAAGAAGACAUUCAGCACACGCUUACUCCCUAACCGAGGAGAGACCCACGGCACCUAUACUACCACCGGUUCCAGCGCGGCCGCCGACGAUUCCAAAACGAACCUUUGUACCUCCUGCCGCGAAAGCGCCUGCAGGAGAACAAAAACCAACGGUACGUCAACAACAACCCGUAUCGGUGGCUAAUUCGAGGAGCCGAGGGCCACCGCCGGUGCCGCCGGCCAGGAACUUUACUAACGUCGACCAUAAACGGAUCGAAACGAGGGUUCAAGCCCCCGGGAUUCCCACUGUGGUUCCUGCGGCCCCUCGAUCAUGCUGCAAGCCGCCCGCGUCCCCAGCGAACAAAGCACCCCCUGUGAACCACAAAAUCUCGAUGAGGCAGGAUUCCAGCUUGUCCAGCGAUAGCUUUAGUCAGACGUCCUCGCCCAGUUACACGACGAAAACGAUGGAGACACCAUUGUUACCUCCGAAAACGCCGGUCAAACAAAAUGGGGUUUUAGGGAAAAUGCAAAUGGUGGAGGAUGAUGGUAGUAACGGAGCUAUAACUAAGAGCGUCUCGACGCCCGCCAGUCUACAAACGAUCGUUCGAUUUCAUAACGGUUCCAAUAUGUCGUUGCACCAUAAGAUUAUAAGGGAUAUGAGAAGACCGUCCAGCCAUUACGUCAGAGGAGUACGUCUGAGAUUUAGAUUUGCUCAACUGUUAGUAAAUGCUAUCGCCCUUUUGGCUAUAGGAGGUGGAAUGAUUGCUUACUUCAAAGCGUAUCCUACGGCGAUUCACAUCGUGAAUAACUCGACGAACACUACGCCUUCCGGCGGACUUCAAGAACCGUUGGGAACCAAUCCUGCUCCGGGCAUCUGUCUGCCGGUUAUUGUCAGCUUUUGCCAGCAGCACAAAGUCCCGUACAACUUCACAGUCUUCCCUAACUACAUGGGACAUUUUGGACAAAGAGACGCGCAGCAGGAACUCGAAGUUUACGACGCCGUAGUCGAUGUCCGAUGCUACGAGCUCGCAGCUCUCUUUCUCUGCUCCGUUUUUGUACCCAAGUGCGGUUCCGGAGGUGCAGUCGUUCGACCUUGUAGAAGUUUAUGUGCUGAAACAAAACGACGUUGCGGAUUCUUCCUUGACGUCUUUGGUCUUCCUCUGCCUGAUUACCUCGAUUGCAGUCUUUUUCCAGAAUCUGCGGAUCCAGACGUUUGCGUUGGCCACAACGAAGUGAAAGAGGCCAAGCAGAGGUCGCUAAAGCCCGUGUGUCAUUCGGGUUUUCAAUGUGAUAUACGUCGAUGUAUCCCGUAUGACUGGAAAUGCGAUGGCCAUAUUGAUUGUAAAGAUCAAUCCGAUGAGCUCAACUGUAAGACGUGUGCUCCCGAUCAAAUUCACUGUGGAAAAGACAGUUGUAUCACGCAAACAUACAUGUGCGACGGCAAAGUGGAUUGUCCGUGGGCUCAAGAUGAGCGAAAUUGUUUAAGAUUGAGUGAACGAAAUGGGGAUGAAGGCCGAGGACAAUUAGAGGUGUACAAACCCGAGCAUCAAAAAUGGAUGCCUGCUUGCGUGGAAUACUUUGACUCAAUCACUCCGGAAAUGAUUUGCCAUAUGUUGGGAUAUUCGACUUUAAACGGUAGCAGGCAUAUGUUGAAAGGCGUCGAGAUUAAUAACACUCCGGUGAUUCCAAAGAGCGACACGUUGUGGAAGCUAUCGCAAAGGCAGACGAGCGCGACUCCUAAGAACAUGCUGCGGGCGUUCGGAGCUUGCAAAGGGAAACCUUCUUUAACCGUGGAUAUAACUUGCACGAAUUUCGUGUGCGGAAAAGCGCGUAAAACCACUCGAGAAUCGGAAAGGGUGAAAAGGAUCGUUGGCGGAACGAAGUCUAUGCCGGGAGAUUGGCCCUUUUUGGCUGCGUUACUUGGAGGACCUGAAGAAAUCUUCUACUGUGCUGGCGUGCUCAUUGCGGACCAGUGGGUACUCACUGCAUCGCAUUGCGUCGGAAACCACUCGGACGUUUCUGGGUGGACGAUUCAACUAGGGAUUACCCGCAGACACGCCCAUUCCUAUUACGGGCAGAAAAUGAAAGUUCGAAAAGUGGUGCCCCAUCCCAAUUAUAAUAACGGUAUCUCGCACGACAACGAUGUUGCUCUUUUUCAGCUUGCGUCUCCUGUUACGUUCCACGAACAUCUUUUACCAGUUUGUUUACCACCCGCAAAUAAAGUUCUACAUCCGGGAACGAUGUGUACGGUUAUCGGCUGGGGCAAGAAGGAGGACACGGAAAGUAGGUGGGCGGACGUGGAACUCGGGAGACGAAGAUUAAAUGUGCAUGUUUCAGUGUCGGAGUACGAGCCUGAAGUGAACGAGGUGAACGUGCCCGUGCUGAAGCGGGAGCUGUGCAACUCCUGGCUUGAGAACCGCGACUUGAACGUGACGGACGGAAUGAUAUGUGCUGGUUACAAAGACGGAGGCAAAGACGCUUGUCAGGGCGACUCCGGAGGGCCGCUUUUGUGCAGGGACGACGGCGACGUCGACAAAUGGUUUGUGGGGGGGAUCGUUAGUUGGGGCAUCAAGUGCGCCCACCCCCAUCUACCGGGGGUCUAUGCGUACGUCCCAAAGUACGUUCCGUGGAUCCUGCAGCAGAUGCAGGAUGGCAGCGACUAACUGCUGGUUUUCCUUUCAUUUCGCGGCCCCCCUCGACCCCCGUUUCCCAAAAAGCAGUAUUAAAACCGAUCGCGACCCUGUUGCGAUCGAGCUACGCACAAGUUCUAGUCAAGUUUAAACCUCUUAGUGAUAAAAAGCGACAAUUCUCGACCUAGUGUUCUGGCGGCAGCUGAUUUACAUGUGAUCUGUUUUUAAAGCUGUGUACACUCGCCCGCCCGUGGCCUUGGGGGACCUUUUUUUAGAUAAACCUACACUAUAUACAUGGUACACUCGGUCGUCACGACAAUAAGGACUUUCCCAUCCCCCAAGGGCAUCUCGCGGGCGACGCUUGGAUAUAUUUUAUACCCCUAGAAGAGGAAUCAUAGUUUUCUAUAGAUAUUUAUAAAUGAUGUUAGGAACUUUUGCGUACACUCAGAUGUCCUAUUCGUUUCUAUCCCCUUCCUAACUACCCUAAACGGUAUCACGCAAUUUUAUUUCAAACCUGAAAAUCAAUCAAUUUAAAAUGAAUUUUGGUGUUACCCAAAAAUAUCACCGUUCAAAAUCGAAAUCAUUCAAAGCUGAAAUUCCUUUGUCAUAAUUUAAAUGGUCGUAAUGGACCAGCUUAAAUUAGAAUUCACUGAUAUUAUUCAAUUAAAUCGACAAUUGUGGUUAAUUUUAUAUUUGAAAUCACCAAUUUAUACAUCAGUUUAAUUGGUAGCUAUACCGUAUCAGCACAAACUUAAAUAACAAGCAGAUUAAAAAGGAUUUUCGGUUUUUCGAAAAUCCUAAUUUUUCUUGUUUAUUAAUUUAAACCUAAUUAUCUAACACCCUAAAUCGAUCAAGAUGAAUUUGUGCGAGACACCUACCAGGAACUAAAUAAUAAAUUUUUUUUAUUCUUUCGUCCUCCUUAAGCAUUCUAAAGAUGUUUUUAAUCGAUUACAACAA